UCCAUCCCUCAUUUGGCUCAUCCUCCACGAGUCGUCUACGUGGCGCACUAGUCUAAAAAGCCUUUCGUUUAUUAGUAUCUGAUUGGACAAAUCUAGGGUUUUUGUUUGAGUCAAAUUCUUCCCUCUUUUUAUCAAUCAUUCAAGAUGGACGGAAGUCAACCCUACAACCCUCGCACUAUUGAAGAGGUUUUCAGAGAUUUCAAGAGUCGAAGAGCUGGAAUCAUUAAAGCUCUUACUACUGAUGUUGAAGAGUUUUAUCAGCGUUGCGACCCUGAAAAGGAAAACCUAUGCCUGUAUGGACUUCCUAACGAGCAGUGGGAAGUCACUUUGCCUGCCGAAGAAGUACCUCCAGAGCUUCCGGAACCCGCAUUGGGAAUCAACUUCGCUAGAGACGGCAUGCCCGAGAAGGAUUGGUUAGCUUUAGUUGCGGUUCAUGGUGACGCGUGGCUUAUGGCUGUUGCCUUCUAUUUCGGGGCCAGAUUUGGUUUCGACAAAGCUGAUAGGAAACGUCUUUUUAACAUGAUAAAUGAUCUGCCAACAAUUUUCGAAGUUGUGUCAGGGGUGGCUAAGAAGCAAGUGAAGGAUAAGUCAACUGUUUCAAACAGCAGCAGCAAGUCAAAGUCAAACUCUAAGGCAAAAGGGUCUGAACCGCAAUCCAAAUAUCCAAAAGCUUCAACACCAAAAGAUGACGACGAAGAGGGUUUGGAUGAAGAAGACGAGGAAGAACAUGGGGACACAUUAUGCGGUUCAUGUGGCGAGAAUUAUGCAUCUGAUGAGUUCUGGAUCUGCUGCGAUAUUUGUGAGAGGUGGUUCCAUGGAUCAUGUGUCAAGAUAACACCAGCAAGAGCCGAACAUAUCAAGCAGUACAAAUGUCCGGCGUGUACCAACAAAAGAGCACGCCCUUAAAUGUAACGCAUCAUCGGUACACGCCAAGGAAGGAAGAAUGCUGUAAUGUGGUUCGGUUUGAUUUAACUAAUCGUUAGUUGUUUAUGCAAAACAAAAGGAAGUUAAACCCCUCCUGAAGUCGGUUUGUAGGGUUUAAAUGUGCAUUUCUUUUAAAAUAGUGUGACAGGUUCUUGUUUUUAGUUUUUAAGUAGAACCUUUUCUUUGUUAUAUUCGAAGAUUGGAUUUUACAUUUUUA